UAUGUCAGUUAAUUUGUUUAUGCUGUUUUUAAUAUCAAAUAUUCUGUUAAACCAAAUGGUCUAUGUUCAUUUAUUAACGUUCUGUCCACAAGUUUCUACCUGAGUCAAUAGGCCUGAGGAAUUAUAGCAAAAUUAUAACGCCAUGGCGCACUCUGACCAGUGGAAGGUCUUGGUAAAAAACUUCCCGUGUCUAUAUGACCCAAAUAACCCUCAUUUCUUGGAUGAGGAGUUGAAGGCGCGCUGUCUUGAACAGCUUUUAGAGAUGUGCAACAAAGAAGGUGACGAAAUGGACAUGGAAACGCUGAAGCAAAGGGUGUCCGGGCUUAUAACAUCCUCGAGUAGGCGGCAGUUGAUUGUAGCCAAUAAUGCAAAAACAGACAGAUUUCUGGAAAUGGCCCAAGAGUUCCCAAGUCUGUGGGACCCUCGAGACUUGAACUACAGAAAUGGAUAUGUAAGAAGGCUCAGCUAUGAGAAGCUCUUAGAGAAAUACAACAGAGUAUCGCCAGUAAAAAUGACCACGGAGGAUCUCAGGAAGAAUAUUUACAACUUGACCAGGCGUUUGGCGCAUGCCAGUGAGAUUGGAACCAAUAAGGCAGUAAGUCGCCAAUUGCCAGUAACCUCGGAGCCAGUAACAGACCGAUUUCUGGAAAUGGCCCGAGAGUUCCCAUGUCUGUGGGACCGUCGAGACUUGAACUUCAGAAUUGAAAGUGUAAGAAAGCAGUGCUAUAAGCAGUUCUUAGAGAAAUACAACAGGGAGUCGUCAGUGCCACUGACCAUGGGGGGUCUCAAGAGGAGUUUUUACAAUUUGACCAGGCGUAUGAAGCACGAUGUGGCGUAUGCCGGUCAGUUUGCUCGCCCAUCACGGCCAAAAGAAGACCCAAUACUGGAAUUGGCACAAGAGUUCCCAUACCUGUGGGAUAGUGAACACUUGAAUUACAGGGAUGCAAAGUUGAGGAGGCGUGGCUAUAAGCAGCUGCUAGAAAAAUAUAACAAAGAGUUAAAAUCGCAAAUAACCGUUAUACGUCUUCAGAACAAAUUGUAUAAUAUGCGGAAGCGUCUAAAAUCGUGUCAGGAGUCUCGCAAAAAAGGAAGGAGCUCAUGGAAAGAUAAGGGGAAAGGCCGUGAAUCGGAGACUGGAGAGAGUAGCUCGAGCCCUCAACAGCAGACUUCUUACGAUUUGACAAUAGAAAACAGCUCAGAUGCUGACCCGUUGGGCAGUCUUCAGGAAGAUUCCGCGGACCGCGUCAUCCUGCAAGGCAUCGAGAUUGUCUUCAACUGGUGCUGCUUUUGUGGCGAGAUCAGGAACGACUGUCACCAGCUCACCCACGACAAACCUUACGUAACAACCGACAAAAUUAUACUUACCAUGAAUGACAUCAAUGUAGAAGUAGAUUUCAAGAAAGAUACUGCACCACAGACUGUUUGCCGGAGUUGUGACAAAAAAUUGCAAGAGGUGUAUGAAUUUGUCAAACUUGUCAAAAAAACUCAAGACAAGUUUAGUAAUGUAAGUAAUAUUGAUGAUUUUAGAGAAAACCCAGUAAUCCCAAAUGAGAAUCCACCUUAUAUGUCGAAUAGUGACGGUGAUGAUGAUGAUGAUGACGAUAAGGCACAUGUCAUAUACGAGUCCCUAUCAAUCUCUGAUACGGAAUUCAUAAAUAAAGCAGUAUCAGCUAGUAAAAGAAAGAAUAAUAAGGAAGAAACUGCUACACCUAGGAAGAAAUUUAGAGUUUCUGUCGAUUUAAAUUCCAUGUCAUCAUUUUGUGACGAUAGUAAUGGGAGUAAUUACAUGAAUCUGAAUUGUGAUGAAGAAAUGGAUGCUUCAGUAGAUGCUUCUAAAGAAACUACAAGGGAAGUAAAUGAAGUCAAUGAAUCUGUCACUAUAAAAAAAGAAUUUAUUGAAAGUGCUAGUUGUGCUGGAGCUAUAGCUGAUAAAGAAGAGCUGUCUGAUACAGAAAAUGCAAUACAACGAACUGAAAAACAACAAAAUACUACUACUUCAUAUAGUGUGUUACGAAAACUACUGGCAAGCGAAACUAAUUCUGUUCUUGACGAAGAAACUGCAAGAGAAAGUAUUUCUGCAGUUACAUUUGCAGGUUAUUCGUUGAACAUUGCGACUGAAGAUGUUAAAACCCGGGGCGUAAAUGAUAAUGAAUUUACCCAUGAUUUUGAAAAAGAAAUUGAACAUCAUACUAUAAGAACUCAAAUGCGGUCAUCUGAAGUACAAAAACAAGUUACAAGUGAAAUAAAUUCAAUUUUAGUUACUAAUAAGGAUUUACCAAAGGCUAAUACUGCUGAGGAUAGAAAAAAAGGGAGUGACAAUGCUGAAACUAUUAUAAAACAAGAAUGUAUAGUUUUGAGUGAUGAUACUGAUGAUGAGGACAAUAAUGACGUCCAACCUACUACAAAGACUAAAUUAGAACCUACUGAAGUACAAAACACUCAAGUAUUAGUUAGUGAUACCUCAAAGCUGUCAGGAACUCAAAAGGAACUCUUAAACGAUACAAUCGGCCCUAAUAGUUCAAGUGUUUCAGUGAAUCAACCAAGUAGUGAACCAGUGUGUGUGAUACCUAAAAUUGACCUGGUAGCACUAGUUGAAUCGAUUGUGGGCCGCAUGUUGAACAAGUGAAUACACUAUACACACAAUACACACACACACUAUACACUAUACCAUAAGUGUAUACUAUAAGAACUACAGAUGUGGGGUUCGCUCACAGAGCCUAUUAGUAUUAUUUAGCCAAUAAUUUUUGACGGGCCAAUUCGGAAAAAAUCCGAUAACGGAACGGAACACUAUGUUCAAGUCAAAUGCUCAAAUAUUAGGUAAAAUUGAAACAUGAAUGUACCUACCAAUUAUCUUUAAGGACUAUAAGUACAAUUAGCAGCUAAGGUUUAAGAAUUAUUAAUAAAUAUAUAAUUUAUUCACGUUUUACCUGAAACUUUCAGGUUGAAAGGCCUGAAACUUAGAUGAAGAGAGGCAGAGUGAACUAUUUUUAAAAAUUGUACUGAUCCACAAGAGAACUGGCUCGAAUGAAAUGAAUGAGUGAAUGAAAAUAUGAAAAAUAUCUGUCUGACUGUUACCAAUACAAGUGUCACAAAUACAAUGAAAGUUUCGUGUCCAAAGAUUUCAAAAGUUCAGAAGUUAGAUAAGUGUCCAAAGAUAGGCCCUUUCAUACAGUUAUAAUGGCGAGCGAGUAUGUGCAACGAAAAUGCGCACAAGCGCCAUUUGUGCACGUUUGAACUGGGAUAUUAUAACCGCGAAAAUCGAAGUUAGUUCUCAAAGUACAGCCAUCUUUCUCUGUUACUCUAGUUACGCCUUCAUUGGAGUAAAAGGGAAAGAUUCCCGCAAUUUGCGAAUUUCGGUUUUUGCCGUAGGCCCGCUGGCCCAAUUCUUAGUGUUAAUAAGGGCCCGUCUUUACGAAGUCAUAAUAAGUCAAUGUUCGUGUCAGGUGUUGUGAAUCAAUUUGUAAGUGUUAACAAUG